GGAGGCGCAUAGCCGGCGUCCGGCACAUGGCGGCGCGCCGGCUUUGGCACCCGCAGUCGCAGUACGUCGCAGUCAGUCGCAGUGGUAACACGAGCGAGAGGGUAGUUGCACGCGCCUGCCUUCGAAAGGAAACAUCGCGGUGAGGGAGAGAGAGAGAGAGAGAAAAAGAGGGAGAAGGAAAGCGACAGAGAGUAAAGAGAGAAAGAAGGAACGAAAGAGAGAGCGCGGCGCCCCUUUGCCUCCGUUUUCAGUGCUUCAGUCGCGCGACGACGCUCUCGGACGCUUUAGUCAGUCGGUCGGUGACGAGGCUCCCAAACGUGAUACACGCGCCGUUACGUUGCGUUACGUUACGUCGUCCCGUCGAAGGGGAGUUACGAGAACGAACGAAACGGAAGAGAGGGCGAAAACGAACGAGCAUUAAAUUGCAUUUUCGCUCGGUGGAGCGAUCGUAAACGAGAGACGCACGAGCACGCAGCGAGCGACGACUUUUUGACUUUCGGUUUCGAAGUCGCUGCUCGAUACGAAACACGAACAAGCUCCGACUAGUGCGGAUAUCGAGAAGAAGGCCAUUUUCAUACACGGCCGGUUGUUACACGCGGUGAAAGAAAACACGCGAGUGCGAGGGACCGAUCGACGAGAAAAGGAGCGCACGAUCGUGGACACGAGAUUACGGGCGAGCAGUAGCCCACGCGUUUCCAGUGUGCGAACAACACUCGCGACGUGCGCUCGUACCACACGCGCGGCAACGCGACGAUCGGACGAAAAAGGAAGAAGAGGACGGAAACGAUCACCGGCGGAGUCGACGAUUUUAUUUUUGUACGGUGCAUCGUUGUUUUUCCUAAAUAUAUUCCCUCGUGACCGCGCACCAGAGACCGUUCGACUAUCUUCCCCUGGUGUGUGGCGGCACCGUAUAUCUCGUCCUAAAUAAAUCCUGGUGUGUGUGGUUGUGCACGCGCGCGCGCGCACGCGUGUGUUUCAUUGUUUUUUCGAUCGUUUCGAAUUAGACACUGGUCUAAGAGGGAUCGUUCGACCGGCAAUUCAGCCAAGCGAAGCAAAGGUAAAAAGACAACGCGGGCUGUGAAGACGAGAAGUGACGAAUCGGUGGAUAAGGAUAUAAAAACUGUGAUUUACGGUCCUGUGUAAACGCGUACGAUCGACUUAGCCGGUGAGACAACGCGAGCGAAACUUAGUCGAGCAACAUGCCGACGAGUUUGUUCAGCGAAAUGGAUCGCGGAGCGAAUGGCGGUGGUACCGCUUCCCUCGAAGAUCAACGAGCCUUGCAAUUGGCAUUGGAAUUGUCUAUGCUCGGCCUGGAGGGCACACCCGGAUGCCCGGGCACCGGCACAGGGACUGGCACCGGAACUGCCAACGAUCCGGACUCUCUGCAAACGACACCGGCUGGCGUUUUCGAAGAAGCACGUUCUAAGAAGAGCCAGAACAUGACCGAGUGCGUGCCGGUGCCUAGCAGCGAGCACGUGGCAGAGAUCGUCGGCCGACAAGGUUGUAAAAUCAAAGCGCUUCGAGCAAAGACCAACACUUACAUCAAGACCCCGGUGCGUGGGGAGGAGCCGGUGUUCGUGGUAACAGGCCGCAAAGAGGACGUAGCCCGCGCGAAACGGGAGAUCCUCUCGGCCGCGGAGCAUUUCUCUCAAAUCCGAGCGUCACGCAAGAGUUCGUUGGGCGCGCUUCUGGGCGCGCCUCCUGGACCGCCAGCAUCGGUGCCAGGCCACGUGACGAUUCAGGUACGAGUCCCGUACAGAGUGGUCGGCUUGGUUGUAGGGCCCAAAGGCGCGACCAUCAAGAGAAUCCAACAUCAGACGCACACCUACAUAGUGACGCCCAGUCGCGACAAGGAGCCGGUGUUCGAGGUGACGGGAUUGCCGGAGAGCGUGGAGGCCGCGAGACGCGAGAUCGAGGCUCACAUAGCCCUGAGAACCGGCACAGGACCAAGUCUCGACGAUUCGGAACUGCUCAGUGUACUAUGUCGCGGUGGUUUGGGCUCGAUUCUGGGUUGCCUGGAUCCACCGGGCUCGAAUGGCUCGAACGGAUCGAACGGCGCGUUCUCCAGCAGCGGCAGUUGCAGCAGCUCGUCCAGUAGUUCCGGUGCACCUGGACUGAACGAUAUCGUGGCGAUUUGGGGCGCCGGGGUCGAGAGGGACGAGAGCCUAGGCGAGUCCCCGUCAUUCGAGUCCGCAUCCUCGAUCUGGUCGUUCCCCGGCGUCGCGUUGCCCUCGAGGCCAUCGCCGCCGGGCUCGAUCCCGACAUCGCCCACGGACUCGCUGUUGGGACGACGGGAAUGCGUGGUGUGCGGCGACAAGGAGGUCACCUCGGCCCUCGUACCGUGCGGACACAAUCACUUCUGCCUGGACUGCAGCAACCGGGUCUGCGAGAGUUCUGACCCCAGCUGCCCCGUCUGUUCGAGGCCCGUCUUACAGGCGCUUCGUAUCUUCUCUUAAACAUCCCCCGGACAUACGAAGAGAGAGGGAGAGAGAAGGAGAGAGAGAGGAAGAGAGCCAACGGAUCUCCGGUGUGGCUCCUUUCGCGUCGCGGCACCUGGUACACCGGCUAAUACCGAUUUUCACCGAUUGAUCUGCACUUCGACCUUGCCGGCUCAUCCAGGAACGACGGCGCCGGAGAACGCCCAUCCUCGAAUUUUCCGUACAGCUCGUGUCCCCCGUUCGUUUCAGACCGCGGCGCGUUCAUUCCGCGGCCACGUCGGGGGAGCGGACGCGCACAAUGUCUCAAUUCCACUGCUGCCAAUAACCUCUUCUACGCGCCGGGAAUUACCCGAUAAUACUUUUCGCGUCGUUCCCGCCGACCGGAUACAACGAAGUCAGCUUUUAAGUUCUACGAGAUAAUAGAGGACGAGAGAGAGAGAGAGAGAAGAAAAACAUACUCGCUCAUUCAUUGUCAUCGUUUUCAUACUUUAAUAAAUCGAGCUUGCAGGCUCGAGAUUCUGUCGUGCCGAGAGCGGUCAGCGGUGUUGUAACUUGACGGAGAGCAAUCGGGGACUCUGAUCGACGUCGAACGGGAAGACCGUGUCGUGACAGAAGGAUCACUUUUUGGCUUUGCCGCUUUACGGGCUUGCCUUCGAACUAUUGGAAAAUAAAUGAUGCCCACCGAUCGAUACACGCGUUGGUUGCGGGACCGAGACGCUACUCGCUCGGAGAAAUGAAUUAGGCUGAGCUAGCUGUUUCGUAUUGAUUGCAAUAACAUUCCAUUCACUGAUUGUAUUCACGGUAUUUUCGUAUUUUUAUAUACAAAUUCUUUUGAAUCGAAGGCAGUCUAGAAAAUGGAAUGGUCGAAUUUAAUCGUUAUCGAAUUCGGAUCGAUACAAUAAUUGUUUAGUGUAAAUGUUGUUCUUUUUAUAUAAUUGACAAUCCAGAAACGACGGCGAUCUCGCGGAAACGCGCUCACAAUUUUUAAAUAUUUUUCAAUUUUAUCCUUCUUUCACCACCAUGUUUUUACGUUGGUGAGAUCGAACUUGUAAUUUUUAUUACGCAAUCAUUUAACGAGACACUGUCAGAGGUGCUUGCAAUCAUUGACGAGUAAAAUUUCUACGAGUUGUAUAUUUUUAUUUAAGAAAAACGAUGGUCGUAACGUUCCAUUUAUCGUUCCGGUUUAAUGAAAACUACAAGCUUCGAUACUCGUAACAGAAACAUUUUAGCGUGACAAAAAUUUUAACGGAGUUCGAUUGCUCUCUCGAUCGUCCAAAUCGUCCGCGGUCACGUGACCGAUAACUCCAAUAUGGCGGCACACGAACAGCUGAUCGCGUAGCGUACGAACGGAAAAAUGCGCAAAACACCGACAAAGCACGAAUCUCAGCGAGGAUGGUCGAAAAUCUUUUGUAUAAACCUGGCAAAAUCGUGUCAGAGUUAGGUCACGUGAUCGUAGGGCUUGUUCGAUAAGAAACCGAACAACGUAAGGUGCAUUCGUCGAUGCCUGAGUUUCCAAAGUUUCUCCGCCAAGGAUUUUUAGAGUCUAGCGAACGAUCUGUUCAUGCCCGUCGUUUUUUGACCAACUAACAUAGGGAGUCAAGUAUAGUCAGAAUGCCUAUUUUUCUUCUUCGCCCUUUUUAACACACGACAAGCGAAAACUUUUCGUGGAAGCGAGUUUGUCGGCCGAUGCACCGAUGUUAAUCGACCGUUCGAGACCUGCGAGCUCGUCACAUGCAACCGCAGCGAAUGAUUACCGAAAAAUUGCCCACACUUGACGCACCCAACACAAACACGCGUACACGCGUAUACACGUACACUAUACAGGCAGACAGUCAAUCUCAUUCAUACAGGCACACAUCGCACGAGAGAAAAGAGAUGAGUAAAAAAAAAAAAUGAAAGAAGUUAUGGGUGAGUGGUCACGUGUCCCUCGAUCUGCUGGGAAACUACUUAGAUGAUAGUAUUAUAAAAAACAAAAAUCACGGCGUGCCCGUUCCACCCAGCCUCCCUCGCUACUAGAGUAUUAUCUUACCUUUAUAUAAGCGACAUAGCAAUUGAAAUAAUAAUAAUAUUAAUAAUAUAUAUAUUAUAUAUAUAAAUAUAAACAUAAAUAAAUAAUUAAAUAAAUAUGGUGUCAGGAGAAGUCUGACGACAGUAAGAGGGAUGAUAUUUUAUCGAGGAGAUUUAGAUUUUGUAUUUUUCGCGCGUUUCGUCGACGGGACGACGGGUGGUUGGGGACAGCUGCACACGCCGUGGACAAAGAGGAAAUUAUUAUAAGAGUUAUAUUAAAAGGAAAAACGAUACAAAAAAAAAAGAAGGAAAAGCGGAAACGGCGCUCGAAGGGAAACAAAACUGUGUUUAAAAAAAGAAAAAACAAAGAAAAGACGGCGUAUCGCGGGAUCUCGUGAACCGACUCUCCCCGUAAAAAAGCUGAAAAGAACGAGAACAAGGGAAAGAGAAAAGCUGUCGGUCGAUCCCCACGUGGUUCGCGGCCGACUUCUUCCCCCCGUUGAGUGUAUUCUUUGAGCUCUAGUAAUAAUAAUAAUAAUAAUCGAGCGAUGUAGCUCGCUAUUUCGAAGAAGAACUAAACCGACGUAUCUUUCACGUAGGGAUCGACGACCCGUGUAUUUAGCUUUUCUUUGGAAACUCGUCAUUGCAUUAUAUUAUAAUUAUAUUAUAUUGCAUUAUUGUAUCGCAUAGAUGUAUUAUCGGAUGCUAUAUAACGGUGUCACUCUACCGCGCCCUCUCGUUAGGAUAACGUGUCAGGCGAAGAAGGACGACCAAGCUUUAUUUCGUUCUUUCCAUGGUGUCUCGUUCCUCGUCCUUCCCCGCUGACAUCCUCGUGGACGAGUCUCAUGAUCCCAUUAGACGGCGAAAAAUGGUCAUGACCCGUCGUGCCACGAGCGUGGGCCCAAAAACUGCGAUAUUCGUUUUACGGUACGCACGAGAGGGUGGCCGGUACGUGUCUCUAUGUUCUUCUGUGUUCCAUUUACUUUUUUCCUUUUAUUAUUUUUUUUUCUUUCACGGCGAACGUCUCGUUGCCGUUCGCGCGAACGCGUCUCGAGAAAGAAACGAAAGCUGGUCAAGCUUUUUUCCUUUUCCUUUGCGUUAGAUCAUAACCAAAAUCGAAGGACGAAAUUACUUAUUAGUAGACGUUAGACAGAGAGAGGGCCGAAAUGUGGGAACGUCCGCGUUCGGACGUGCUCUCGAUUCUACACCCCUUUCGCUAUUGUUUUAUAUUUAUGCCGACUUCGAUCACGAGUUCGAUUUCCUUCAUCGUCUUCGUCGUUUUCUAUUUCUGCGAUCUCUUUUCCUUCGUCUUUGUUUCGUUUCUUCGAAUCGUCGAAACUUCUUGUCAAUCGUUGCCAUUUUUAAACGAAAAUAUGCUCAAGUCGCAGCUCCGAACAAGUCGAGGUAAUAUUAUUAAUACGUAUUACAUAUAUAUAUAUAAAAAAUAUAUAUAUUAUAUAUAUUAUAUAUGUCAUCAUCCAGUGUUGACGGAUGGUCGGAUAGAAAGAAGAUAUUUUUUUGGUCGUUCGAGCCGCAGCUCUGUAUAGCGGGUGUUUCGGUAGUUUAUCAGCCAAACUCAACCCCUCCAACCCCCUUCGUUCUUUAUUUUUUAAUUUUGUAUAUUUUUGACGUUUCUACGUCGAGAUCGUGUUUUUUCCUGUGUUUUCGUUCGCCGUGUGUUUCGUUUCGAUUGUCUCAGCCCCGUUUUAUCCCGCGUCGUUCUCUUCGUUCGAGAAACAAAAAUCUUCCUGCUUGUUAAAAGUGUUUCCAUUGCGAGAUAGUAGCUAACUACACACCUACACACACUCAUGCAGCAGAAACAGUCUGUCACGCGUACGUUCGUUUAGACGCAUUUUUCGUGCAUACUGUAUAUUAGUAUACAUACAUAUAGUCCAUUAUUUGUUGCUACAUACAUGCAUACACUCGCCUGCGGCGUACGCUUCUCUUGGAUAAGGAUUUAUGUAGGCGGAGAAAUUUCCACAUCGUCAAAUUUCAAAAUUCUCAAAUUCCUACAUUCCCACAUUCUCAAAUUACCACAUUCCCAACUUCUCUAAUUCCGACAUUCUCAAACUUUCAAAUUACAAAGUUUCCAAAUAUCCUCAUUACUACUCUUUCGAAUUUACACAUUUUCAAAACUUUCACAAACGACUAGAUUUCCCAAUUCGUAAUAUUUUAAGUUAAUUCGAAAUCACGAAGUCUCCCCUGCAUCGCAAUUAUCUGUAGGAACGUACGCUCGCCACACUGUCAUAAACAGCAGAAAUGGGAAAAAGACAUUCGCGAAAUGCAUCGUGCACACUCGGCAUCAUACACAUAUACGCGCACACGCACGAACAGAAACACGAAUAAAAAAAUAUAUAUAUAUAUUAUAAUCAAUGCUAGAAAGAAAGAGAGAGAGAGAGAGAGAGAGAG